CAUGGGAAAUCCCCCGAUAGUCUAGGCCUAUAGCAGCAUUUAUGGACAUUUAGAUAUUGAUAUCCUAGUGAAGUGUAAGUCAGACUGAACCUAAAAAUAUGUCUAUCAUGUCUGUGUUUAGAUUUGACCAGUUAUGACUUUGUAAAGGAGUGCAAUUUUUGUUGCAAAUUAUGGCUUGUGUGUGCCCCUUGGGAGGCACGCCUUACAACCUCUGGUGUAAAUGAAUGAAAACAUGUUUUAAUCAGGUCAAACUCUGUGUGUGCAUGUGUGUGUGUCUGUCUCUAAGUGAACUGAGGAAUAUGGACGAUGUCCCCCUGAAGAUGCCACAGGGUGCCUCACAGGAAGUUAAAGAAGUACUCAAAGUUAUUGUCCCUGAUUAUCUCAUCAUACUGCAGGAGACAGAGUAUGAGUUCAGUCUGGAGAACUGGGUGCUAACUGGGCUGCAGAGUGGCUUCACCAGCCAGCAUCUGCCUCAGCUGGUCUCCUCUUCAUCAGGACUGCUGCCGUCUUGUCCGCCAUACUGGAUGAUGUUCAGCAGCCCACAGCAGAGCCGCCUGGCCAGCCGCCACUGCUCCGACUUCUGGGAGCCCAAUCCUCGACAGCGUUCCCACAGCCUCAACCCCGCCGUCCUGCGCACCAAGUUUGCCAUCUCAGACUCUGAGGAUGAAGGAGACAGUGCCACAAAGAAAGCCAAGACAUGUUUGUCAGUGAAAGCCAGCUCAGAUGGAGAGCGUCCUGCUGCUUCAUGUCAGCAUGGUUUGAGGAAAGCACAGAGAGCCUUCAUCCCAGACCUCCUGAACCCUCCAGCCUGCCUCAGCAGCCUGCCAUACCAGCGCAGGAAGAACCUACGUCAGUCCUCCCUCUCAGUGCUGGACAAGUCGAAGUCUAUCAAGCAAGACUCCUGUAGAACUCCUCCCUUGACCUCAACCCACCAGGGUCUCUCCUCUUCUGCUUUGGACUCAUCAGCAGAGCUCCUGUCAGCUCUGAGCCCAGAGGAGAGAGAGCUACUGGGGGCCAUCACUGCCCGGGGUUACCCCCUCCGUACUGCCAUUAUUGCCCUGCAGAAGACAGGCCAGCAGACACCAGAUCAGGACAAAAAGAAAGCACAACAUAGACAAACUAAGCCAAACCAUAACAAUUAUCUGUAUUAUCUGUGAAACAGUCUGAAGUUCUCUGAGUAGUUGUGA